CAUAAUUUCAUAAGCCUUUCGCCAUCAUAUGCACUUUUUUUACUAUUUUUAAAACCUCAGGAGGCUUUUAUUUUAAUUUGUCACAUUUUUUGUCCUAAUCUUUGCUCCAACUACUAUAUAAGUAGUCCUGCCUAACACCAACUCUUCCCCCACCUCCUUGUGAGUUUUGACAAUAUAUAGAGAGAGAAACAGAAAAUAGAGAGAGAAACAAAAAUGAUCAAGUUGAGAUCAAAGAGGUUUUCCAGAAGCAAUUCUAAGCUUAGUAGUGGGGGUGGUGGUGGAGCCGCCGGAAAAGGGUGCGGAGGCGGCGGUGGCGAAAUCAAAUGGGAAUUACGCCCUGGUGGCAUGCUUGUUCAGAAGAGAGAGAAUGGAGAUCAAAGUGUCGGAGAAGGGAUGAUUACAGUGAGAGUCUCAACUGUCUCACAAUGGCAUGAUAUAACCAUCCAACCAACUUCAACAUUCGGAGAAUUGAAGAUGAUAUUGUCAAUGGUGACAAGUUUGGAGGCAAGAGAGCAAAGGUUGUUGUACAAAGGGAAGGAGAGAGAAGAUGGUGAACACCUGCACAUGGUUGGGGUUAGAGACAAGGAGAAGGUGCUGUUGUUGGAAGAUCCAGCGAUCAAGGAGAGGAAGCUGCUGCUUGGGUUGGCUACUCCUUGUCGCACCAUUAGUGUCUGAUCCAUCUCACUAUAUAAGUAAACAUAUAUAUAUAUAUAUAUAUAUAUAUAUUGUUUACUAGCUACUAACUAUUUUGAUUUAAAAAAAAAAAAUUUGAAGAAAAGGUUUUAAUAUGGUGCACUGAUGAAUCUUGGAUCAGUUGGCUAGAUUAUUAAUUAGUAGGUUUGUUUUAUUAACUAUUUUGUUGUUGGUUUCGGACACAUUGCAUGUAUAAGCUGAUGCAUGUCUGAGUCAUGUUGAAUGGUUAACUAUGUUUAUAAAAAUGUUGAUUCCCUGUAAUAUAAAGUAUGAUGGUUUUUGUUUU